AUUUGUGUCUUUUAAAUCUGGUCAACGGAUACCCCUUUAUAUUUUUUUUAGUGGCCGAUAACGUGGCCCCACAAGUUACAAUUUUUUGAAACAAAUAACCAAAUAUUUAUAUUGUGAGCCAAUGAGUCGGGUAUAAUAAUUCUAAUUUUUUUAAACAAGCCUAAUAAUAAGAAGGAUAGAAGGUAAAAAAACAUUGAAACAAUUGUAGGAAUUGAACUUGGAAGACAUGGCUAAAAUAGGAGUAGGGUGUGUACCAGUGGGAUCUCUCAACACACCAAGAAAGAAAGAAUACAAAGUAACAAACAGGCUUCAAGAAGGCAAACGCCCUAUUUACGCCGUCGUUUUCAACUUCCUUGAUUCCCGUUUCUACCAUGUCUUCGCCACCGUAGGUGGUCACAGGGUGACUGUUUAUAGAUGCCUUGAAGGUGGUACAAUUGCUGUUCUUCAGUCCUAUGUUGACGAGGAUAAGGAGGAGUCUUUCUAUACUGUUAGCUGGGCUAGUGAUGUUGAUCGUACUCCUUUAUUGGUGGCUGGAGGUAGUAAUGGUGUAAUACGUGUAAUAGAUGUUGCAAAUGAAAAGAUAAACAAGAGUUAUGUUGGCCAUGGAGACUCAAUAAAUGAAAUCAAGACUCAGUCCCUUAAGCCAUCACUUAUAGUAUCAGCUAGCAAAGAUGAAUCAGUUCGUCUUUGGAAUGUUCAUACUGGAAUAUGCAUUUUGAUAUUUGCUGGAGCUGGUGGUCACCGUAAUGAAGUCCUUAGUGUGGAUUUCCAUCCUUCGGAUAUAUAUCGCAUUGCAAGUUGUGGAAUGGACAACACUAUAAAAAUCUGGUCAAUGAAGGAGUUUUGGACAUAUGUGGAAAAAUCUUUCACAUGGACUGAUCUCCCGUCAAAGUUCCCUACAAAAUAUGUACAAUUUCCUAUCUUCCUUGCUGCAAUUCAUACAAACUAUGUUGAUUGUACAAGGUGGCUUGGUGAUUUUGUUCUUUCUAAGAGUGUUGACAAUGAGAUUGUACUGUGGGAACCAAUUAUGAAGGAACAAUCUCCGGGAGAGGGUUCAGUUGACAUUCUUCAAAAAUAUCCUGUUCCCGACUGUGAUAUUUGGUUCAUAAAGUUCUCAUUUGAUUUCCAUUGCAAUGCAGUGGCAGCUGGUAAUAGGGAAGGGAGAAUCUACGUCUGGGAGCUGCAAUCCUGCCCCCCUGUUCUGAUUUCAAAGCUCUCACAUCCUCAAUCCAAAUCCCCAAUCCGACAAACUGCCAUGUCAUUUGACGGAAGUACCAUUCUUGCAUGCUGUGAAGAUGGAACAAUCUGGCGUUGGGAUGUAAUAUCAUCUUGUUAGUUCUCAAGAGCGCCGGUUAUUAAAAUUUUUAAUCCGCGACUGAAAUCGUAAAGGGAUGUUGAAUGAAGUCUGUUUUGUCGUCUGCGAAAUGAAGAUAAGAAUGGGCACUAAUGGCUGGCAGAGCUGUGGCAAUAGAUAAUGAAAAAACCAGAAAACUUCUGAGCAAUUAUACGGACGAGUCCCAGUUUUGUACCUUAAGUACUCACUCUGUUCCUAUGAAAAAGCAGUGUAUGACUAAAAUAUGUGAGAGCUUUUUGAGUCAUAUUGUGCAAAUAGAUAGAGAAUCUUCUAGCUUAAGCCUAGUGGCUAUCAAUUAGUAGAUUAUGAUGUUAAGAAGAUUAGAAAUUAGCAAGUAUUGUGUUAUAGAUUUUGUGAGCAAGUGGACAUGUAUUUUAAGUAGGAUUUAGGAUGAAUGUUUUGUAAUUCUUGCAAUAAACAAUUACAUUUACAUUUUGUUUUCUCUUGAUUACAGGGUAGGAAGGACUAAGUGAAAAUCGAAUUAUUUGCUCUCUAACUUAAACAAGUCUCGAUUAUUUAAUCAUAUUUCUUAUAAAUCUCUUCUAUAUAUGAUUGCUUCAAAUUAGAGUUUUUUCUAAUUGAAAUAAUUUCUGUAAAUGUUAGUUGUUUAUUUGAGAGAAAGUGGGGCUAAAAGCUAAUGAAAAAGCUAUGAGUAGAUACUUGGUUUUGUCUUAAAAGAAAGCUUUUCAGCUAGUUAAAAGUUUUAGUGAACACAUUUUUUGGCUAUAUGACGGUGCUAAUAACACCUAUCAUCUCUUUAACUUUGAUAUAAUCAUCC